GUGGAUAAAGUUUGAGGAGAAGGUGGAGGAUGGUGGGGAGCGCUGGAGUGCACCCCACGUCCCAGUCCUCCCCCUGCACAGCCUCUUCCAGCUGAGGACAUGCCUGGAGAAGGGGACGAUGCUCCUGGAUCUGGAUGCCCCCUGUUUCAAGGAAAUAAUCGACAAGGCACUUUCUGGGCAGCCUGAGGAAGCAGAGCUGCAGCCCGAGCUGAGGGAGCGCCUGGCAGCCCUCCUGCUCUGCCAGCCACGGCACCAGCCCACCAAAUCCCGACUGCAGCACCUCACCGAGCUUGGCCUUUCUCCCUGCCAAGGGAAUUCCAAAAGAUGGUUUGAGCCCAGAGCCCAGCUCUCCAAAACACCUCUUAAGGAGCAGCUGAGAAACCAAUUUAAGAAGAAGGUCCCGCCAGGGGCCGAAGCAGCCCACGUUGCUGUUGGUGAAGUUGAAUUCCUGGAGAAGCCCUUUACUGCCUUCAUCCGCCUCAGGCGAGGGGUGUCCCUCGGCUCGCUGGCUGAAGUCGCUCUCCCCAGCAGGUUCCUCUUCAUUCUGCUGGGUCCCCGAGCCAAAGUGAAAGCCUACCACGAGGUUGGCAGGGCCAUGGCCACGCUGCUGGCAGAUGAGCUGACUGUGCUUCCUCCUGGGAAAUGGGACCCCAGUGCCCGAAUUCCUCCUCCGAGCUGUCUGCUGUCUCCUCACAGGAGUCUCCAUGGGCAUGAGACCACCCAGGAGCCAGCCUUUGCCAGACCACUGUCACUGGCUCGGCAGUCCCGUGGCAAUGGGGACAUGGCAGCAGCUGGGGAGAGAGCCAGCCUGGGGCACCUGCACUCCAGGGAGGAGCUGGAGAGGACAGGCAGGCUUUUCGGCGGGCUGCUGCAAGACAUCCGGAGGAAGGCGCCAUGGUACGGCAGCGACUUCUACGAUGCCCUCCACCCACAGUGCCUCUCAGCAGUGCUCUACAUCUACCUGGCGACAGUCACCAACGCCAUCACCUUCGGGGGCAUGCUGGGGGAUGCGACCGCCAACAUGCAGGGGGUUCUGGAGAGCUUCCUGGGCACGGCCUUUGCCGGCUCCAUCUUCUGCCUCUUUUCUGGCCAGCCCCUGACCAUCCUGAGCAGCACCGGCCCCGUGCUGGUUUUCGAGCGUCUCCUCUUCUCCUUCAGCCAGGACCACAGGCUGGAUUACCUGGAGUUUCGCCUCUGGAUUGGGCUCUGGGUGGCCUUUUUUGGUGUGGUCUUGGUGGCCACUGAGGCCAGCCACCUGGUGCGGUACUUCACCCGCUUCACCGAGGAAGGCUUCUGUGCCCUCAUCAGCUUGAUAUUCAUCUAUGACUCCCUGAAGAAGAUGCUGAGCCUGGCGGACACCUUCCCCAUCAACUGGCAGUACCGGCUGGGCAACGCCACCUCCUACAGCUGCAUCUGCAACUUGUCCAGCCUCAGUCACAGCUCUGCAGGGAAUGACACGCCGUUCCCCUCACCCCUGGCUCCCUGGCAGCCUCUCACUGCUCCAGCCGCGCUGAGCAAGAGCCAGUGCCUGGGUCGAGGUGGGCACCUCGUGGGGACCAGCUGCCAGUAUGUGCCUGAUGUCACCCUCAUUUCCUUCCUGCUCUUCGGGGGCACCCUCCUCUCCUGCACCGUGCUCAAGCACUUCAGGAGCAGCCGCUACUUCACGGCGGGGGUGCGGAAGCUGGUGAGCGACUUUGCCAUCAUCCUGGCCAUCCUCGCCUCCUGCACCGUUGAUGCCGCCCUGGGCCUGGAGACCCCCAAGCUCCUCGUCCCCAACGAGCUGAAGCCCACGAACCCAGCACGGGGAUGGAUCGUCUUCCCCUUUGGAGCCAACCCAUGGUGGGUCUGCCUGGUGUCCGUGGUGCCUGCCAUCCUCGUCACUAUCCUCAUUUUCAUGGACCAGCAGAUCACAGCUGUCAUCCUUAACCGCAGGGAGUACAAGCUGCAGAAAGGAGCAGGCUUUCACCUGGACCUCCUCUGUGUCUCCCUCCUGAUGGUUGUCACCUCCAUCACCGGCCUCCCCUGGUAUGUCUCAGCCACUGUCAUCUCCCUAGCACACAUGGAGAGCCUGAGGAAGGAGAGUGAAACCUCAGUCCCUGGCGAGCACCCUGAGUUUCUGGGCAUCAGGGAGCAGAGGCUGACCGGCCUGGCUGUCUUCAUCCUGACAGGGGUCUCUGUCUUCAUGGCACCCGUUCUCAGG